GCCGGCUCUUAUGACCAUGACAGGCGUGCGCUACAACAGCUUGUUCUGAAUGUGCACAUAAAACACUUUGACCUGACCUUCGUUUAUAAAGGAGCGGGAAUGCGGAAGUAAACAGGAAACACAUUUUUAUGUUUACAUAUAUAUGCGUGUUCGUGUUUGUAAAAAUACUGAAAUCUGUGUUACCAUAUGCAGUGUAUUUACAAAGCGCGGUAGUAGCUAACCUAAUUAUAGAUUAUUUGUCGCUGACCUGAUACGAAAUGUACUGUGUAAACUGAAAAUGAAUCUGGAAAAAGAUUUAAUUUUUUAAAGAAAUAUAAUAAUAAUAAUAAUUUAUAAAGUAAAUAAAUACAUAAAACACUUAGAUAUAAACACUACAAAUAUAGUCAAUCCAAAUAAUACACUUGCAUUUCUUAUCGUUUGUAGAGUAAAAAAAUCAGCGUGACUUGCGACUAGCACGUUCGACGAUUGAAUAACUGGUGUGGGGAACCCAGCCUUUAUAUACCCACCGGCUGUUGAAAUGAAACAAGUUGAAACAUGUACGAAGUCGCAGAUCAUUAAUUUUAUUUAUCAACAAACAGUAACAUCACAACUUAAAUUGACUGAUACUAUGUUGGACCGUAUUCUCAAAACCUAACCUCUUGUUUGUACAUACUGCAUUAUAUAAUAAAUCACGUUGGGUUGGGAUAUCAAUACAUUACCAUACAAUAGUCUACACUGUAUACCCUACUAUACACCAUAUAUCCUAUUUAAGACGAGGGUGGGGCCCUACCACAAAGGGAAAACAACAGGAAAGGAGGGUUCUAUUUUUAGCUUUGGGAAACCCGAAACGGUAGUCAUUUAUCUCGAAAUAGAUCCACAGUAGUCUAGUGUACACCGUUGGACGGUGACAUAAAGAAAGCAGGUGACCGUGUUGGGUUUAUUUCUCUCUUCCUGUCAUUACACGAACAGUGACGUGUGGUUCAGAAAUUCCCCUUUUAAUUUUAGACUGCACAUCAUCGGUAAUUCCAUUCCAAUAGUGAUAGCUUAGUCCAGUUUGUUUCAAAUUCUGAGAAGUGACUGUUCUGGACAAUUCACUUGCUUUUUUUACCUUUGCUUUUCUGGUACAACGACGAAAAAGGGUGGUUCUCUAGCAGGGAGCUAAAUUCUUCUCGUGACAGUUUUACCCAACACGCAGAAUGUUUCCAAUUAGUAAGUCUGUGGUCAUUGUCCUGACGGUUCCAAAUGUGAUGCUGCUCUCUGUCGUGGUGUAUAAAACAUCACAGCUGUACACGGAACUGGACUCUACCAUCUUCAGUAACUCGGAGAUCUGUCACAAGGUCACGUGUAUACCAGGAGAGACAUGCUGUGACGUCACUGCAACCAAAAAAACCGUCAAUGGUUCUUUGUAUUGUUGUUACCAUGACUACGAGGAACGUGUUCGUAGUAUUAUGCUAGAGCAACUGGACCAAAAUUAUGAAAGAGAUAUCAAAAAUGAUGACCAUCUCCAGAGGGUGAGGAAAGUUGCUGCUGUUGUAAACGAAGACAAAACUCAACAGAAACCCGCUGCUCAUCUUCAGAUGGACCUUGAUGCACGGUAUGACAAGGAUAAACAUAUCCCAGCUGUCCGGUGGAAAUCAAAUGGGAAGAGAUCGUUUGUGAAAGACGGACUCACUGUCGUUGAGGAAGGGAUUCGGGUGGAGAAAGAAGGGAACUAUUUCAUCUACAGCAAUGUCGUGUUUUACGGUAACCAGACUAAGGAACUCGAUUUCGCCAGACUUUGUCAUUACCUGUACAAACGCGUCCCCACGAUACGAAGGUCUAAAGUCCAACAGCUGUCGUCCAACCCCCAGUCGACGUGUAAAAUUCGACGAGGAAAGCCCGCCUUCGCGACAUCCUACAUCGGUGCUGUCUACCAUCUGGAGGCCGGGGCCACGGUGAUGGUGAAGACGUCGUCGGUGGAUAGACUUGUCAAACAGCCACAGUCGACGUACUUCGGAAUGUACAUGAUUUAAUAGUUCCCGUGUGUAGAGACCGCUGGUGUUCACUGUUCAUCUAAAGUUUGUUUUGUUUAAGGACACCACUAGAGCGCUCAUUGACUUAUCAUUGACUUAUAGGAAUGUUUGGAAUGUUUUACUCGUAGUCGUAGAGAAGAAACACCACUAGAGCGCUCAAUGACUUAUCAUUGACUUAUAGGAUGUCAAAUGUCAAACAUUUGGAUUGUUUUACUCGUACUUAGAGAAGAAACAUGUUUCCAUCAGCAGCAGGUCAUCUUUUGUGUACAUUUUCCCCAGACAGGACAGCACAUACCACGGUCUUUGAUAUACCAGCCGUGGAAGCUAAACCGCCAGUGGAACAAUGAACCCUGGUAGUGGCUGCAGUGUUCACCGUUUGUGUUCUUCUGAUAACCUAUAGUGUAACAAUGAACACUGGUAGUGGCCGCAGUGUUCACCGUUAGUUUUCUUCUGAUAACCGAUAGUGCAGCAAUGAACACUGGUAGUGGCCGCAGUGGUCACCGUUAGUUUUCUUCUGAUAACCGAUAGUGCAACAGUAAACACUGGUAGUGGCCGCAGUGUUCACCGUUAGUGUUCUUCUAAUAACCGAUAGUGCAACAGUGAACACUGGUAGUGGCCGCAGUGUUCACCGUUUGUGUUCUCAUAACCGAUAGUGCAACAAUGAACACUGGUAGUGGCCGCAGUGUUCACCGUUAGUGUUCUUCUGAUAACCGAUAGUGCAACAAUGAACACUUGUUAGUGGCCGCAGUGUUCACCGUUAGUGUUCUUCUGAUAACCGAUAGUGCAACAAUGAACACUGUUAGUGGCCGCAGUGUUCACCGUUAGUGUUCUUCUGAUAACCGAUAGUGCAACAAUGAACACUGGUAGUGGCUGCACUGUUCACCGUUAGUGUUCUAAUAACCGAUAGUGUACCAAUGAACACUGGUAGUGGCUGCACUGGUCACCGUUAGUGUUCUUCUAAUAACCUAUAGUGUACCAAUGAACACUGGUAGUGGCUGCAGUGUUCACCGUUAGUGUUCUUCUAAUAACCGACAGUGCAGCAGUGAACACUGGUAGUGGCCGCAGUGGUCACCGUUAGUUUUCUUCUAAUAACCGAUAGUAUAACAAUUCGAACACCAAUGAUUAUGACAUUUAAUUCUUUUAAUUGGGAGAUUUUCUGCAUUGUUGUGGUGGGCUGUUAAUCAGCGGUAGAACGUUUGACUGACGUGCACUGGAUUUUCCCAUUCCAAUCAAUCCUCACACAAUUGAUAUAUCAAAGGCAGCGAUAUGUGCUAUUAUAAAUCUGUGGAAUGUGCAGGCUCGUAGGAACAGCUGCCCCCCCCCCCCCCCCCCCCCCGUUUCUGCGGGCCUGAGUAUAUUGUAUUUAAUGUACGUCUUCAUCAUUUUUGUAUGUUUACUUGCCACAGUUAAAAACUAUUUUUCAUCCGGUGUGUAGUGCCUAUACACAUUUGUCGCAAUGUGAUACUUUUUUCAUGCAACUUUGUAUUCCAUACCAUAUCAUGGCAGCCUGAUGCAUAAACUUGAAGUUACAAAGGUACCGAGGUACGUUUUAAUCCCGUAAUUAUGCGAGUCCGUCUAUUGUUAUCCAAGAACGCUUUGAUUGGGAUUUUCAACGGGACAUUAUUGGUAAACGUGAUGUUUGCCCAAAUUUAAGAAAAUUUCCCGAAUCUGACUGAACACAUUUAUUCCUACUGGUAUUAUUUCAAAACAGCUAGAUAAGUUACAAACGAAUCACGAUGCAUUUGUACAUGGAUUACAACUAAUUUUGUGGGUAGAUUGAUGGAAAUACAUGGUGAAACGGUUUCAGGCCAGCUCAUUUUGCCCGAAUAUCUCCAUCGUUUUUGCCGGAAUUUAAGGAUUUGCUCCAGCAUUGGGGUUUUACUAAUGAUAAUGUGUUUGUUUAGUCUCUCAUAUCUCCAUAAGGAGUGGCCUUUAUAUUGUUUUACUGUGUGUAUAUCCAGUGAGAUUUCAAUAAAAUAUUUAUACAUCUGCCUUA